AUUGCGCCAUGCAUACCCCCAGCGUCUUUGCCUGACCGCUUCAGCGCUGGCAAGCGUCAGUUUUGGCGCGAGUUUUUGGCCCUCUAUCAAGGAAUGCCACAGCUAUGGGACGCUAACCAUGUCGACUACCGAAAUAAGGAACUGCGAAACAAGGCCUACGAGCUUUUGGAGACGAAGCUAAGAGAGAUCCAGCCGAAUGCAACGCGCACUGAAGUUGGGCGGCGCAUCAACAUCUUCCGGACGAACUACCGCCGCGAACAGAUGCGAAUUCUGAAGCAAAAGGAACUGGGAUUUCAUUCGGAUCUGUGCAAGCCCACGCUUUGGUUCUACGACUAUAUGGGAUUCCUUCUGACCCAGGAGUCGUUUCAACAAGGCAGAACCAGAAAAGUUCGCGGAACGGCGACCACAAAACCAAAGACGAUGUUUGAGUUUGGAAAAGAUGCCUCAUCAGACCCAUUGGAUGCUGUGAGUGACUGGCCAACAAAGGAGACAAUAGCCAGUUAUCUAUCAGAGCAAGGUGUGCAACAAUCAGAGGAGAGUUCGCUGCUGAGUCCGAAAAUAGAGAUCAUCGAGCAUGACGGGGAACCCAUGGAUACUGAUAGGCUCACACGAGACGGCGAUGUCAAACCGGAAAUUUGUGGCUUUAACACAUCCGACUAUAAGGACCGCAACGUCUCCACGAACGUGGCGUUGACUGUGGGCAGAGGAUCAAAUGGUACAGACGCCCAUCCAGCUUUAAGCGAGGCCUCGGAGGUGCUGGCCAAGUCUUGGGCGGUUCAGUAUGAAGAGAUGGCACCGACGCAAAGAAUCUUGGCACGAAAAGCCAUUGCCGAUAUUCUUUUUGAAGGCUGCAUGGGCAAUUUGCGAAUAAACCGUGGCGAAACACGCAGCACAGUGGGAAACCAUUUGUAGAUCUAAUAAUUAUAAAAUUAAAUGAA